CUUGUCCACUGUGCAGAUCCAGAUCCUCUCCUCACGGACCAGGUACCGACAAGGGCCCCGGCACUUUUCAGCACCCAUCACACCGCAGCCGGCUAAACUGCUGUGGAACUGCUGCGUUUGGUACCUUUCAUCACCUGGCGACGCCGGUGCGCAAUUACGCACGACUUGGAUGGAGAAACUGCGCUUUGGCACGGGUCUUCUUUAGUUAACCUUUAUUUAUUUUUAAUGUGGUGUCUUUAUUUAUAGUCUUGGGUUGAUUUCAGUUGUUGUUGUCCUUUUUCUUUUGGUAGAAGAAGCUAAAAUACCCGGUCUUUAAAUCAGCGGUGUUUUACGCAUCAGGUUAAAACAGGUGUAAAGGCGCACUGCUGUUAGACUCACAGUUACAGGUGCCUGGUUUGGAUGCACUGAGUCAGAAUAUCCUACAAAGGCAGUAAAGGACAACCAGCUAGGAAAAAUAAAAAACAACAACCAAGUGACAAACAACCCAGGGUGAAAGAAAAACAGAGAGGGAGGGGUGACAGAAAAAAAAAAACGAGAGAGAGGGAGGGAGAAACAGAGAGAGAGACACCCCCUGGAGACUAUAGGAGACCCGGCCCCCGGUCUGAGAGAAGGAGAGAGAGAGUGAGAUAGUGAGGGAGUGUUUUAAAGCCAGCAGGAGGCAUGAUGUCCUACAUUAAGCAACCCCAUUACGCCGUGAACGGGUUAACGCUGUCCGGCCCGGGCAUGGAUCUGCUCCACUCCGCCGCCGUUGGAUACCCCAGUUUCAUUGUAGGCACCCCGCGUAAACAGCGUCGGGAGCGUACCACCUUCACACGCGCACAGCUGGACAUCCUCGAGGCUCUGUUUGCCAAAACCCGCUACCCAGACAUUUUCAUGAGGGAGGAGGUGGCCCUCAAGAUCAACCUGCCAGAGUCCCGAGUGCAGGUUUGGUUCAAGAACCGUCGUGCCAAGUGCCGCCAGCAGCAGCAGCAGAGCACAGGCCAGUCCAAACCACGGCCCCCUAAAAAGAAGGCAUCCCCUGCUCGUGACGCCAACACUGAGGCCAGUGCCAACCCCACCAAUGGACCCUACAGCCCUCCACCCCCUCCUCCAGGCACCGCCAUCACCCCCAGCUCUGCUAGUGCCACAGUGUCCAUCUGGAGCCCAGCCUCCAUCUCCCCACUGCCAGACCCCCUGUCUGCCUCCACCACCCCCUGCAUGCAGCGCACCACCACCUACCCCAUGACCUACACUCAAGCCCCGGCCUACAGCCAGAGCUACGCAGGCUCCUCCUCCUACUUCACUGGCCUGGACUGUAGCUCCUACCUGUCCCCAAUGCACCCGCAGCUGUCAGGCACUGGAGGUGCCCUGAGCCCCAUCACAGCCUCCUCGAUGGGUGGGCCCCUCAGCCAGUCCCCAGCUUCGCUCUCCUCCCAGGGCUACACAGCAGCCUCGCUGGGCUUCGGAGCUGUCGACUGUCUAGACUACAAGGACCAAGCUGCCUGGAAGCUCAAUUUCAAUGCCACUGACUGUCUGGACUACAAAGACCAGAACUCCUGGAAGUUCCAGGUCUUGUAAAUAACAAGAAGUGGGAGGUGGGGAGGGAAGGGGUCAGGGGUCAGGGGUGAGAAAUUGAACAAAAUCAAAGUAGGGUGACAAACCCCAGAUUAACUUUUGCUGUUUUUUAGAAGACGGAGGAGACCUUGGGGCACAGAAAUCAAAUAAUCAUAUCAGUUGAAGAACUAAUCAGCUGAAUUAAUGUCCUUGUUUUGCUGUUUUAGAAAAAUGUGUGUGGAAGUAAACUGAUCUGUUGAUGCUUGGCUUGGUGAUUGUUACAAAGAGAUGACAGUAGUUUUCCUUAAGUUAAGCAAAUCAGCCUGGAAAUCAAGGAAAGGCUGCAUUCAAGGAAAACAAGAUAUCUGUACAAGAAAAUUUAAUUAGUGAGAAAGAACAACAGCUUUAAUUCUGCAGCUCAGAGGUGUUAGGGCUGAAAUUGUUGUGAUUUAAAGACAGUAUAAAGAUAGUACUGAUGACAAGAGAAUGCAACAUUUUGAUUGAAGACUCAGUAGUUUGUUUUUUUAGAGAUCUUGUCCAUCUGAUUUGUUUGAUAGAGCUGAAUUCAGAAACUUCUCAACAGGCUUCGACUAUGACCACAUUUUAAGCAGAGCUUCCAGAGCACAUCAGUUUCAGCAACCCACAAGUUUACUGCAUAGAGAGCCUUGAAAUCGACGUGUUAAAGCACAACAACUGACUCAUGUUUAUUUCUUCCUUCUAGACUUUGUCUUGUAUUUUCUGUGAUGUAUUUUUUUUUUUAAAAAAAAGCUGCUUUUCAUCAGCGAGCUGACUCAAAAAAGCUUCGAGCCAAACGACUCAUCUAACCCAACCUGACACUUUCAGCAGGUGUCUUUACAGGGUGGCCACUAAUUAAAUACCACGUGAAAAAUGUUUAGCAGACAGAAGCUGAUGAUUCCCAGUAGCCUUGUGUGAUACUGAUCCCCUGCAGCCUGUGUCUGACACAAGCCGAGGGGGUAGAGUUGGUCACUGGAGUGACUGCAGUACAAACCUGUUGCCUUUGAGCAUGGUUGAAAUCAUUAGCAGAAUGGCUUGUGCAUUGUUAGUUUAAUAGGAUCACUUCCAGACAAUUUGUGCAACAAUGGUCGCUUUGUGGCCAUUGGCAGCCGAGUACUCCCCCCCCCCACUCCAUCUCACAGUGUUUGCAUGAGGUUAGUUGAUUGUUGAAGCAGUUCUUGAAUCUACAAACGACUUUAUUAUGAACUGAUUUGCUGAUAAACUGCUCCAGUGAGGCGUUCAAUGGGAGAGAAGACUGCACCAGAGAAAGGGAAGGGACUGGGCUGCCAUGCAGCCCCCCCUUUGCACAGAGCGCUUGGUGCCUCUUUCAACUCCGACCUGUAAAGAUGUGAUGGGUACCACUUUAUGUGUUUGAUGUAUCUGAUUUUUUUUUUUUUUU